ACUAUGCGCCUUAGAUGUCAUCAAGAUAUUCAGGCUCGCGUGUAUGAAGAAUUGGAUACAAUUUUCGGCGACAGCGACAGACAAUGCACUUUUCAAGACACUUUGGAAAUGAAAUAUCUCGAAAGAGUUAUUUUGGAAACUCUGAGACUUUUUCCACCGGUACCUGUCAUUGCCAGAAAACUUAACGAAGAAGUAAAGAUAGUUACAGGUGAUUAUAUUCUUCCAAAAGGUGCCACGGCAAUAAUAGCACAAUUCGCAGCGCAUCGUUCGGACAAAUAUUAUCCGAAUCCAACAGUUUUUAAUCCAGAUAAUUUCCUACCGGAAAAAAUGCAAAAAAGACAUUACUAUGCUUUUAUUCCUUUCAGUGCUGGACCAAGGUCCUGCGUGGGGCGAAAAUAUGCUAUGCUAAAAUUGAAAGUCCUGUUGUCGACGAUACUAAGAAAUUAUCGUGUCAUUUCUGAUGUGCCAGAAAAAGAUUUCGUUUUACGCGCCGAUAUUAUUCUAAAAAGGCAUGACGGAUUCAAGAUCAAGAUCGAGCCACGCAAACCAGUAUCUUUGAUUUAAUUCAGGAAAACGGUGAAAGAAUUUAAUUCUCGUGCAAACGCGAGUAAGCGUUAUACUAUAUAAGUUUGAAAAUUAUAUUUUUUAUAUAUUAUACAAUUAUACAUUUCGGGAGCG